GUUUCUUCUCUACCUUCGUUAGUCUUAGUCAAUGUGUUGAAAGCCAGCCAUAUGAGAUGAUAUGACAUGAAAAAAAAAGGAGACCAAAUUAACAAAUAGAUGCAGAGAAGAAGCAAGCCACUUGCUGUUCUCUCUUCUUCCAACACCAGGUAACCUUUUCCUCCCCCUUCUUCUCUAUGUCUAAUGGCGUUUCAUCAUAGACGGUUGUUUAGUUCAGAUUCAAAUGAAACAGAAUACAGUUUUUGUUUUCAUUUGUGUAAGUUAAUGUAUCAUUGUUCAGUGAUCUGUGCGGAGAACUGUUCUGACUGCCCUCCUUAUUCACCUUUCGAUUCUCCACCACCUCCUUCUUCUAUCUCGCAUAUCUCACCGCCUGUGAUCAUCCUGGUCGCCAUCCUUGCCAGUACUUUCCUUCUCAUUAGCUACUAUGCCAUUAUUGCCAAAUAUUGUUUAAGCUGGAACACCCGGUCAAGGAGACCACCACCACCACCACCACCUGAAUCGGACAAUACCCAUGAAGAUUUUAUUGAUGAAAAUCAUGGCCCCAUCUUGGACAAUCCCAUCUGGUAUAUUACCACUGUCGGUCUCCAGGAAUCCGUUAUCAAUUCCAUCUCCGUCUGUAAGUACAAGAGGGGAGAUGGCCUCAUCGAAGGCACCGAGUGUUCGGUUUGCCUCAAUGAGUUCGAAGAUGACGAGACUCUGCGUCUCCUACCCAAGUGUAGCCACGCCUUUCACCUCCCCUGUAUUGAUACUUGGCUUAGAUCCCAUAAAAAUUGCCCCUUGUGUCGUGCACCUAUCGUCUCUAACACCGCCGGGCCUCCUCUGACUGCGUCGUCGGCGCCUAAUUCGAACAACUCCGCUGCCGUGGUCGAAAUUCGGGUGGAGAAUUCUGAGACUGACGGCGGAUUUGGAAGCAAUCAACCAACAGAAGGUGUGAUUUGCGAAACCAUGAGUGUUGGAGCUGAAAAUGAAGAACGUCAAGUCCCAGUCGAGGAUGAGGAAAGGAGGGAUACUAUGCUUGAAAAGGAGGAACAGGAGGUUGUGUCUUCAUCCCUUCCGAACUCUGGGUUUCGUAUUUCCAGUGAAUUGGGCCGAAGUCAUCGGGAAGGGGAAGAUAAGAUGCAGCCAGUGAGACGGUCAGUUUCCAUGGAUUCGUCUCAGGCUGCAAUGAUCAGUCUUUCUAUGGCUAACUUUCUUCCAUUACAAUCGGAAGCGAGCUCAUCUAACAAAUCCAAUUCGGCUAUUGUUACAAAGCAUGGCAGUCAAAAUAUGAGCAUUGUGAAGCUAAUCGGUAGUUCUUCUGCAAAACAAUCUCUGCAGAAGGGGCCUAUUUCCAUGAAAAGAUCAUUCUCAAGCGGUGGCAAGUUCUUGUUUUCCAAAUAUAGCCGGAGCCGGAAUUCAAUCCUUCCUCUGUGAGUUUUUUCUCUCUUCUAGUUCAGGCUAUAUUGUGAAACAGGGAUAUCUUUAACCACUCUCAUCAAGGUUGGAGUUCCCUGUUUCUAUCCAUACAUAAUAAAGUAAUUUGUUGGCGAUCUAUAUACAAGUGUAAAAACAGAGCCUAAGAAUGAAAUAUGGCUAGGGAGAAGAAUUUUUGUGUUCAGCCUGCCAUUUCAAGUUCAUAAUGAGAUCUAAGAAAUUCGCAGACCCAUGCAAAUAUGUCUUUUAUUUCUAUAUCCUACAAGAGAAGUUAAGAUGUAGCUUCCUGUGAUACAAUUAUGUUAUAUGCAGGAGAUUGUGGAAAUUUUGAGGAAAAAAAAUAUCUGUUUUUGUUUCUAUAUGAUUUUGUCCAAAAUGUUUCUUGCCAGACAGGCAAGCCUGUUUGGGUUCUGGUGAUCUCUAUUAGCCUCUUUCUUUAUCUAUUUCCAAGGAUAGUGGACAGUAUUAAGUAGUUGAUUUCUAUUUGUUUCCUUUAUCUGAAUGGAUGGAUGAGGAUAACAUUUUACACUUCU